AGCAAUGCAUUUUGCCAAACAGUCUCAGAUUCGACAGCAGCAGUGAGCCAUAUUGUACUGGUUGAUUUGUCUCUUACAUAUACUACUCAACAGCGAUGCUGUGGACUUUGCUCUUCGUCUCCAUCAUCGUGGAGGUACACAGCAUUGACGUUGGAGACUGCAUCUGUUAUCAACCAUCAAGAUCACCUAUUUGUGCCAGAGUCAUCGCUAAAGCUGAGGCAUACUUUACCAUUAAGUUACCGACGGGGAAUACGAUCGUAGGUGCAUCAUUGGCCAGUUUAGGAGACGCGUCGGCAUGUCCUCUACAAUGUCCUUCUGAUGUCGUGGUACGAGACAGCCCCACGUGCACCGCAAACAUCGUGUCUACCUACACCCAAACCAAGGUAAAGGCACAGUUUGGUGGAACAUGCAUUUACGGCCUUGAUCAUACCAUAUCCUUCAGGGAUGCCAAGGACUACUGCGUCAACAACGGGCUCAAACUUGUGCAACUGCAGGAUCCUGAUAAACAGAAGAAGGUCUUCGAGGCAACAAACUGGAUGCAGCACUGGAUGCACCUGGAGAAGACGUCCGGGACGUGGCGCUGGGGAGGAGCAGUAGGGGAGGCCAUGACAAACCCUCGAUGGGAACAGAUUCAGGACGCCACUAACUUUGACCGGGCAUUCACCAUGACAACGCUGAACCAGAACAAAUUCCUGUGGAAAGGGGGGGACAACAGUUCGUCAUAUCGCCCAGUGUGCGAGGGGGCGGCUACAGAGUGUGUUUCAGGAUCUCAGGGGUGUGCAGCAACCUUCACUGAAAGUGUGAAGAGUGGAAUUGUUGAUGGCAGGUGCUUUUAUGGGGUCAGUGCUGGCAAGAAAUACCCUGAAGCCCGAUCUUCCUGUGAAAACAAUGGACUGAAGCUGGCAUGGGUACAGACACAGGCUACACAGGACUCUGUGAAUCAGGCUACGGGGCUGAAGCAGUACUGGAUUGGCCUGGAGAAGAUAGGCGGAACGUGGACUUGGGUUGCUCCAGAUGCGAGCAACAACGUGGACGCCUCUAGUGAUGUUGGAGGACGUUGGCAGGGGAACAAUGAUGCCUCAAACGCUUAUGUGAAAGAUGCGAAUCUGAAGAAAACAAACGGAAACCCAACACGGGACUUUGUAUGCGAAGGGGCAACAUCAUUUGUAGUUACAUCAACUGGUACAGGCUCUCCCUCCGCCGGCUCCUGUCUCUGUGUGAACAAUGCUUCUGCCACGGCGUUUUCAACUUCAGGGGGUGCUGAAGUGGUCUCAGUGUCCACCUGUUUCACUGCGACCGGAAGCGUCCGAACUGGUGACCUGUUCGGCAGCUUGGCAACUCUUUCUUUCUACGAAGUGAACCGACCAGGUCUGAAUACGGUGUGGGUGCUAAGCACCCAUCUUGAUGCACGUGCCAACACUUCCUGCACAAAUGGAGGAGGACCAACGACGACUAUCAAAGCUCAAGGCUGCAGGGUGUAUUUCUCAGAAAGUGUCGUUGAGGCUGUGGUUGACGACAGGUGUAUCUAUGGCGUAAACAGCAAUGUUAAGCGGGCCGCUGCUCGAGCUCUGUGCGAAGACAAGGGAUUAAGACUGGCCUGGGUGGAAACACAGGCUACCCAGGAUAAAAUAUCAGCUGCAACAGGUUUCAGUCAGUAUUGGGUUGGCCUGGAACAGAUAAGCGGAGCGUGGACGUGGCUAUCAAUAGACGGCGACAGCAACACGGACGCCUCUAGCGACGUGGUGGGACGUUGGAAUGGGAACAACGACGAUCAGUACGCUUAUGUACAAGGGUCGAAACUCAAGAAAUCUAAUCCAAACCCCUCGAAGAAGGUCGUAUGUCAAGAAGUAGGGAGAACCAUUGAUGGUCCAACCAUUGGCACUUGCAUGUGUGUCACCGCAGCCCUAUCCCCUGCAUUCUCUUUCUGGGGUAUCCCAGUGACGGUGUUAAAAGGUGAAUGUUUUCCAAGCGCUGGGAGCGGUAGGACGGGCGACUUCUUCGGACAAACUGCCUCACUUGAGUUCUAUGAACUGGUGAGACCAGGUUCUGGCUCUGUUUGGGUGCUUAGCAGCAACCUGAGCCAGGUCUCAAGCCAGAGAUGCAACACUAACCUCUUGUGCACAGACGAAACCAUCGUUAGAAACAGCGACGAAUGUUCUACAAGUUUUGCCGGCUACGACUACAUGAAGUCAAAUACUCAGUUCGGUAGCACCUGUGUCUACGGUCUAAAUCACGUACUGUCCUACAGCCAAGCCAAGGCCUAUUGUGAGGUCAACGGCCUGAAACUGGUGCAACUGCAGGAUCCUCAGAAGCAGAAGAAGGUCUUUGAAGCCACAGGGUAUAGCCAGCACUGGAUGCACCUGGAGAAGACGUCCGGGACGUGGCGCUGGGGAGGAGCUGGAGGGGAGGCCAUGACGAACGCUCGAUGGGAACAGAGUCAGGAUGCCGAUAACUAUGACCGGGCAUUCACCAUGACAACGCUGAACCAGAACAAAUUCUUGUGGAAGGGUGGCGACGAAAGCUUGUCAUAUCGUCCUGUAUGUGAAGGGCGGGCUUCGGGAUGCUCCCCACGAGGAACCUGCAUGUGUGUGAACAGCCAAACGGCUCUUGCUCUUGUUCUUCCAGCUGCCCUGAAAGUGUUGAGCAAGUCUGAUUGUUACAUAGCCACAGGAGACGUUACCAACGGUACAACCUUUGGGAGGGACUUAUCCACGAUGUUCUUUGAACUGACGAACGCCAAUGGCAGUUCCGUAUGGGUACUGAGCAGUGACGUCGAUCAGAGCCCAUAUUCAAAUUGUGGCCGUUUUGAAAAGGGUGAUUGUCUCUGUACAACGGGCGUCGCGACAGGGGUUGCUGUUUACGGAAGCCAAGUCACAGUGUCGUCGUAUAUCGGGGGCACCUGUUACAGGGCUACGGGGGACGAGGUUGCCGGUGAUGAUUAUGGCUUCCCAGACGUACAGUUUGUUGCUUUGCAGGCCGAUACCAACAGGAUAUUGCUCAUGGAAAAGUCGGUCCUAGCGAAGGAAUCGGAUGUGUCCAAAUGUCCGUGUGUUGACCAGACAGUGUACAAAGGUAGUGCAUCUUGUACUCAAGUAUUCCAGCAAAGUCUGCCAUCGGCAAUGUCCCUGACAGCUAAGAUAGGUGGUCGAUGUCUCUAUGGCGUCGACAGUACGAUGAACUACGUGGAGGCCAAGACGUUCUGUGAAGUCAACAGUUUACGCCUUGUAAGGGUGGAAGAUGACACGUUUGCCAGCAAACUCGAGGACGGAAUAGGUUUUCAAACAUAUUGGGUCGGCUUGGAGAAGAUCGGUGGGACGUGGACCUGGGUGGCCCCAAGUAGCAGCGCCAACAAAAAUGCAGAGGCUGAUGUAGCAGGACGCUGGCAAAGACCCAACAUGGCCGCCAACUUUGACCGGGCGACGGUUCACGCCAGUGGUGGAACAAAGUUCAGGCUGAAAGGAACUAACGCAAACAGUAACAGAAGAGUGAUAUGUGAAGAAAUUGUACCAUGUUCAGGCGUACGUUCAGUGGCACAGUUCCUGGUUGCACUCCUGUGUGCUCUCAUCUCCCACCUCGUCUCGAAGAUGUGAAAUUUCCAGCCAUGACCAGCCUCUCCUUGGACGUCCUUCGUGUGACUUUAGCUGUCGUUUACAAUGAAGAUCUGCCAGUUUACUUUCUAUGUCCUCAUUCUCGAAAGGUUUGCAGAUCUGAUCUAUUGUUUAAAAUAUUGUUAAUAAUUCGUGGUCUCUAUUUCUAGUCCUUGUAAUCCUGCUCUCUCAAACAUCAAACUGUUGAGUUUAGAAUAUAUCAUGACACAUUUGAAUAAAGCAAUCUGUCAUACCUCAAAA